GUAUAAGGGGUAGACAACUCGUGGUCGUCCUUUUUGACUAUUUAUCAGGAACAAGAUGACAUCGAAAAGAAGAAAUAAUGGUCGUUCCAAGAAAGGUAGAGGACAUGUUAGGUUUCUUCGAUGUACCAACUGUGCAAGAGCUGUACCAAAGGACAAAGCCAUAAAAAAAUUUGUCAUACGAAACAUGGUUGAAGCUGCUGCAGUCCGUGAUAUCUCUGAGGCUAGUGCAUAUGAAAUGUAUGCAUUACCUAAGUUAUAUGUGAAGCUAUGUUACUGUGUGAGUUGUGCUAUUCACUCCAAAGUGGUCAGGAAUCGCUCUAGAGCUGAACGCAAAAUACGAACACCUCCACCAAGAUUCCGGCCUCGAGCAGAAAAUGCUGGCCCACCACGUCCUGGUGUUGGUGCACCUGGAAGAACUCCUGGUGCUCCUGUAGCAACAGCAUGAAUUUGUAUUAAAGGAAUAAAAGUACAAAUAAACUGAAAAAAGAAA